UUGGUGGGCAGAGUUGACGAUCACAGACGACGCACUGAUUGUUCUGGGGUGGGUGCUGUCGCUGGGGAACAGCAUCAUUGUACAUUUGUAUUCGCUCGAGAUGCGGACGGGUUAUCACGACCAAGAUGUGAAUUUCAUGGCGAUAGACUGGGUGCGCGCAAACAAGUUGCAAUUCGCGCUCGGCGCCGAAUACAACCCUGUCGUCUGCAUUGUCAAGAUGUCCUUCCUGUGGUCUCUACAAAAACUUCGAUCGCCAAACAAAUGGAUCCAACGCUCCCUCUGGGCCAUCCAAAUCAUCAACCUCAUCUACAUGAUCAUAUCCACCUGCGUCGCACUCGUUCCCUGCCUUCCCCUCCGCAAGAAAUGGCACCCCGAGAUCCCCGGGCACUGCAUGCAAGGCGACAAAUACGUCCUCGGCAACGUCACCAUCGUGCUGGUCACCGACGCGCUCGUUCUGCUCAUGCCCUCCUGGAUCAUCUGGGACCUGCAGAUGCCGCUGCGGCGCAAGGUUAUGACAAUCUCCUUCCUGUCCUUCGGCGUCGUGCUUAUCGCCGUCGGCAUCGCGCGCAUGAUAUGGCUGUACAACGCGUUCCUUGGCAAAGCGAAAUCCUACUCGGUGGAAUCCGCGUACUCGGCUAUCGAGUCCAGCAUCGCCAUCGUCGGCGCAUGCGGACCCACGGUCAAGUACAUUCUCUCGAGCUGCGUGCCGUCGCUCGCGUCGACGCGCGCCUCGAGCAAGCGCUCGGGAUACAACAGCAGCGCGCAGGCACAUGCGCAGAGCGCUGCAAAGCGCAGCGGCACGGGCCGCUCAAGAAAACCUACGGAUGGGUAUGACGAUCUGGAUACGUUUGAUGUGACGGGCGAGCACUACGAGAUGAAGAGCGACUGGAAAUGGACAGGAAAGCAGGAAGCGGAUGCGCGGAGCGACGAGCAGGAGAUUACACGCGAGGUGAGCGAUGCGCAUGGGGGGAUUGUUAAGAGCGUGGAGUGGUCGGUUUCGUCGAGGGGGGAGGACGACAGGAGGAGGGGGCAUAAAAGUCAGACGGAUGUGAGCACAGAGCCGGCGCAUGUCGUUUAGCAAUGGACAGGAUGUUUUUUGGAUUUAGCGUAGGGAGGCGUACACGGUGGGAUGGGAAAAGUAGCGUGGGCCGAGGGUUGCAGCGAAGUGAAGCUGUAUAACGUUUGAAUGUUCUCAACGACACGAGCAGAGAAGGAGUCACCACUAAAGAGCCAUUGAAAGCCAUACGACUUGAUCGCGAUAGCUCUUGAUAUACAAAGACAACACAUCAUGUUUUCACCUAG